AUGGUGAUUUGGGGCACCACGGACGCUUAUGGCAAGACAUCCAAAUAUCGUGCUGAUGGGAAUCGAUUCCCUCCUUGCGACCCACAUGAGUUGUUACGGUAUCAUCACCUUACCACACCGCACAUCGAUCGGUUCGCUCAGGGCGGAACGCUCUUUGAACGCACCUACAGUCCGCACGUCCCGACCACCAGUGCCUAUGCGUCAAUGCUCACCGGCAUGGAUGUUUUUGGUACGCAGGUGGUCGCGCUACGACACAAGGGUCCCCUCAGACCCGAAAUCAAAACCCUCCCCGAAAUCCUUCGAGAGGUCGGUUACGAGACAACCUGUGUUGGUUUCAGCGGCAACCCCAGUUCGCGUGGAUUUGAUAACUACCUGACCUAUUCGGGUUGGGGCAGUUGGGAGGAACGCCCCAGCCCGAAAGCGCAGAACCUCAACGAGGUCACAAUCCCUGAACUUGAUCGUCUUGUCGAGGGGGGAAAGCCUUUCUUCCUGUUCUUGCGGCACAUGGACCCGCAUUCCCCAUACCUUCCACCGCCUCCGUAUGAGCGGAUGUUCUAUCACGGCGACGAAUAUGAUCCAGAGAACAGAUCGAUGGAGCCGGUGAUGGAGUUUAAGCCGUUCUGUGACUAUUUUGCGAGAUGGAUGCCCCCCGGCGUCACAGACAAGGACUACAUUAUCGCCCAAUAUGAUGGUGCGAUUGCCUAUAUGGACGCUUGUAUUCAGACUAUCUUUAACGCCCUAGAAGCGCACGGCAUCUUCGAUGAAACCAUCGUCAUCGUCAAUGGAGAUCACGGGGAGACGCUCUACGACCAUGAAUGCUGGUUUGACCACCACGGGAUUUAUGAUGUUACGCUGCAUGUGCCGUUGAUUAUCCGUUAUCCCGGCAAAGUUCCCGCCGGAAAGCGGGUCAGCGGGUUCAAUCAGCAUAAAUCACUUGUGCCAACCAUCCUUGAAUUGGCGGGAAUCGAAACAAUAAUUCCGUUCGAUGGAGGGAGCUUGAUGCUGUUGGUCAGAGGGGAAGUCGCUUCCUACGAAAGCGAGUUUUACCUCACGGAAUGUACUUGGAUGCGGAAGCACGGCUGGCGCACACCGGAAUGGAAGUUGAUUAUCGCCCUAGAGCCGGACUUCCAUUUCAAACCACCGGUCGAAUUGUAUAACCUCAUUGAGGAUCCCGAUGAAAACAACAACCUUGCUGAAGUCUAUCCUGACCUCGUAGCGUCCCUCGAAACGCGAAUGCAGAGAUGGAUUGCCAAACGCGAGGCGGAAAACGGGCUUCAAAAAUCCGAUCAUGACGCAGAGCGAUUGGCACGGUCAUGA